CUGAUGUUUAGAAUUAGUAGACUUACAUCAGUUUCUCUGAAACCUUACGCUGAUUGUAUUGUAGCUCUAUGGUAUGAACAACCUUUUUAAGUGGGAAAUGCGUCUAAACAACGGACUUGUGGAAAUUUAAUACGUACGUGACCAAACACAUGUUCGCCACUCACUGGUUCCGUAUAGCUUCGUACAUAGACAGAUCAACAGGAGGGAUAGGAUACCAGUGAAAACGUUAUAAACACAACAGACGUCGACAUGUGCUGGCGUGGCCUACUUUGCUGCCGAAGUGGAAAAUAAAAGGUCGGCCAAAGUGGUCAUCUGAAAAUUGAGGCAAACCUUCCGUACAGCCAGGCGCUGAUCGUUGGCCAAGGGGAAUUUGACCUUGGAUGUCUAUCGGUAGGCCUCAUAACUAGAAUAAGCGUAAACCGUACGCAUCAACGCAGUGACAGAGCUGCCGGAAGUGUGAGCGGUGACGGCAUUGCAGGCGCAAAGCAUCUGGAAGUUUGAAGUCUGUGUUACCAUGGCAACCAUUCUAGAGCAAGAUUUGAUGCAUCCGGUGGCUGAGGAGACAAGCGAACACUCCCAGACCAAAGUCACAGUGGUGGGAGUGGGCCAAGUUGGCAUGGCCUGCGCCUUCAGCAUACUGACACAGCACGUAGCCAGUGAAAUUGCCCUAGUUGAUGUCCUGGCUGACAAGCUGGCUGGUGAAGUCAAAGAUCUCCAACACGGCUUGGCUUUCACUCGAGGAAUUUCCGUCAAAGGAGAUACAGAUUACAAAGUAUCAGCAGGCUCUAAACUCUGCAUCGUGACAGCAGGAGCCCGGCAGCGAGAAGGAGAAAGCCGUCUCAAUCUUGUCCAGAGGAAUGUGGCCAUUUUCAAAGGAAUCAUUCCUAAUCUGGUCAAGUAUAGCCCCAACGCCAUCUUGAUGAUCGUGGCCAACCCUGUAGACAUCUUGACAUAUGUUGCUUGGAAGCUGAGCGGCUUGCCUAAAAAUCGUGUCUUCGGCAGCGGAACCAACCUCGACACGGCUAGGUUCCGUUUUCUCAUUGGCGAGAAGUUACAGAUAGCACCCAGUAGUGUCCAUGGUUACAUCAUCGGCGAACAUGGAGACACAAGUGUUCCAGUCUGGUCUGGCACCAGUAUUGCUGGCGUGAACCUCAUUUCAGUUAAUCCUGCCAUUGGCUCCGAGGUUGACCCCGACAAAUGGAAGGAUCUCCAUAAAGAUGUAGUAGAAAGACUUGGUGCAGAAGUGGAAUCCGCAGGGUCUCUCAGCGAGUGGAAAAAGUUGCACAAGAAGGUUGUCGACAGUGCAUAUGAGGUCAUCCAACUGAAGGGCUACACAUCCUGGGCAAUCGGUCUUAGUGUUAGCACUCUGGCUCAGUCUGUUCUGCGCAAUCAGAAUUCGGUGUUUGCUCUCUCAACCCUGGCACAGGGUUACCACGGCAUUGACAGGGAAGUCUUCCUUAGUUUGCCGGCAGUCCUGGGCCAGCACGGCGUGCGCCACGUGAUCAAGCAGAGGCUGAAUGAAGAGGAGGUGGCCCAGCUCCAACGCAGCGCAGAGACGCUGUGGGCGGUGCAGAGAGAGUUGGAUCUGUCCACGACUACCCACUGAAGAGUAGGCUUGGAAAUGUGAGCAGACUCUUCCACUUGACAUCUUUCGCAUGGAUGAUUGUAUCAUGACAUCUCAUAUAACAAUGUCAUAAGAAUUGUAGCCAACCGCAGUUCAUACUGCAGUGUUUAGAAAAGUACAUGUAGUCCGAGUUCCAUGUUCCUGUCAACCUUCUGUGAUGAUGUAAAGCUCAGUAUUUUGCCAUCCUUACCCUUUCUCGAUCAGAGUCUCCAAGAAACGUCAUUAGUUUUCCGUUCAAAAUGCCCCAUGUUGAUGGCUUGGGCCUUUAACUUCUGCUGUAUUGAAAUGUGGCACAGGUGUCUGGCACACCCAAGAAGUUUCAAGAUGGCAACAUCCAUUUUAUAGUUCCGUGGUCUGAUCAUCAAUGUUAAUGAGUGCUCCCCUGUCACCCCUAUAUGCCAUCCAAAUUCUUGGUGAACAACACGUGUGUCCUCCAGUAUGCCCCAGGUGAAAGUUUGGGCAUUGGCAUGCCUGGCUAAUAGGCCUUAGGAUGAAGGCAAGCCUUCAGACCAAAGGACAAUUUGUUACUUGUCAGUCCAUCAACACGGUCAUUUUUUGUAGGGGAGGGGAUCAGAUUUCUAUCAAAUCAAAGUGUGGAGCAAGGGGUGGAAUCCCCUAUCUUGUUGAAAUAGCCAAGUAUAUAUGCUUCAUGCUUCAAUACUUUUUGUCCCCAGAACACUGUGUGUGAAAGAACUGAUUCAGACUUGCAAAUUGCAUGAAAAUGUUGAACUACCAUAACAGAGAGCGGAAUAGUAUUUAUAAAAUAAUAGUUAGUUUCAUUUGUAAUAUGAUGUAGAUUAGUUUGUAAAUGAGUUUCUAAUGCCCCAUAAACAGGGGCGUUGCCAGGCCUUUUUUUGGGGGGGGGGAAGAAACCACUUUAGACAACGUGGAAGCACUCAACAGCUGUUCUCAUGGUCGAGAUGACAUCACCGAGUCUUGGUUCUUUUCUCUGAUUGGUCAGUUGGUGGCUGCUACACUUUUCACAAUGGGGACUCAAAAGGGCAAAAAUAGUGUUGUAGUCUGUGGGGAAAAUCUGAAUUCUUAACUAAACUCAUAACCUUCACAUCAAAUAUGCCCAAAUCUCACUAUUUAUACACUAUGAAUAUCUUUAACACUGUACCAGAACCUUUUCAUUUUUUUAUCAGUUUGCCACAAAAUAAAUGAGGAAAACUUAGAAAUCCCUGUACAAAGUAAAUGGAGGGUUGCCCCUUGGCCCAGUCGUGAGUGCAAUGAGUGGAACAACCUCCGGCCAAGAGAAUGAACUGAUACAAACUCAACAGUGAUGGCCACUUUUUAGGAUUUUCCAAACCAAUAGGUCCUGUUCCUCCCCUUUCACCUUGUUUUUUUUUCAUUUCAUUUUUUUUCCUUUUAAUUCAUUUUUUUAAUUGUUAAUUUUUUUUCUGGGGGGAGGGGGAGGGGCAACCCAUGGCCCCCACCCUGUGUAACACCCCCGUCCAUAACCAUUGCUGUAAAGCAGGGUACAAGUCUACACUUGAGUAGUGGUCUAACUGGUUUAGAGAUUUUGCACAUUUUACAGUUUUUGUUGCAUGUUAGUGAAUUUUGGCAAGGCUUGUGCAAUCAGCACAGAUUACUCAAUCCUAUAAAAGGUCGAGGACAAUUUUUAGAACUCUAUUGAAGUAGAUUUUUUACUUUUACAAUGGAGUGAUAUCUGUGCAUGGACAUUUUAGCGACUUACUAGUAAGCAUUCUUGGACUCUCCGGACUUCGUGCCGGGCCAUGGGGAUGUUGUGGCUGAUGUAAUGGCUUGUGAAGAACAUUUAGAGAUUCAAAGCAAAGCCUCUAUUAUAGGCUAGGGCCAUUUUCCAAUACUCAACUUCGUCUCCGUCUCAAGCUUCGUGUAGGAAGCAAGUCCUCGAUUGUGGGCCUGAAGCGUUUAACUUAAAUUGAAGUAUUGUAAUGUUUGGCUCUUUUGCAUCUUACUUGAUGUU